AUGCCUUCUUUACAACGAGCCUUGUCUAUCAUCACCCUCAAGCCUGACAUUGGCAACCAAAAGCACGAAUCUGCCUGCAUCAACGAACGGGGCUACGUCGACUUCACGUCGGGAGACGCCGAGAACCCACGAAACUGGUCUCGCACGCGAAGAUGGAUCAUCACCUUGAUUGCUGUGCUCCUUGCUUUAAACGGCAACUUUUCUUCAAGCAUAUUUGCAGCCAGUCUUGACUCUGUCGUGAAUGAAUUCAAUGUCUCUGAGGUUACCGCAGCCCUUACCACGACCCUCUUCCUCCUGGGCUUCUGCGCAGGACCCUUUAUCUUUGCGCCGCUGUCCGAAUUUUACGGCCGUCGAUGGAUCUUCUACGUUACUUUUGCAGCCUACAUGGUCUUUACAUUUCUCUGUGCCUUUCCUCCUAGCUUUGGCGGAUUGCUUGCUGGGAGAUUUCUAGCUGGCACCUUCAUCUCGGCACCCCUGAGCACGACCCCCGGUGUGCUGGUCGAUCUAUGGGAUCCCAUUGAGAGAGGCAAUGCGACAGCCAUCUUUAGUCUAGCGUCCUGGGUUGGUCCUUCUCUCGGUUCUGUCAUCUCAGGGUUUGUACAACUUAAGAGAGACUGGAGAUGGGGUGUGUACUCAGCCCUCUGGCUCGGCGUCCCAACCAUGGCUCUCAUGUUCCUCAUCCCAGAGACUCACAGUCCGACGAUCCUCGCGCAAAAAUCACAGCGUGCGCGGCGGUCCGGUAUCACUGGCGCCCAGACCGAGGGCGAAGAAAACAAACCCAAGCUGCACCAGUUGUACAAGAUGGCUCUCACGCGACCGUGGAUUCUCAUGUUCGACCUCAUAUCACUACUCUGCUCUUUCUACGCCUGUAUAGUCUUUGCACUACAGUUCAUGCUCUUCAGCAUCUACCCUAUCGUAUUCCGCGAUAUGAGGGGAUGGAAUGCAGGAGUUUCGCAGCUGCCUCUGAUCGGACAGAUCGUGGGCGCCAUCCUCGGUGCAAUCGUUAUAUUUGUCGACAGUGAGCGAAGGAGGAGCAGAGAUGCUUCUGGGAAGAAGCUCCUGCCAGAGGACCGGCUUCUGAUGGCCAUGCUUGGAGGAGUUGGAUUUCCUAUCACAAUGUCCUGGCUGGCGUGGUCAGCGCAAUACAACCAAGUUCCGUGGAUUGUGCCGACCCUGGCUGGGACAUUCCUCUCUACCUCCCUGAUGCUCGUCUAUGUCGCCAUCAUCAACUACCUCACAGACACAUACACCGACUAUGCAGCCUCCGUCAUCGCUGCCAACACGGUGGUUAGGUCGGCUGGUAGUGCUGCGGCCCCCUUGUUCACGAAUCAGAUGUUUUCUACACUUGGUGUUGGAGGAGGUGGCUCACUCAUUGGAGGGGUGGCAACGUUGCUGGCAUUCAUUCCCUUUGUGUUCUACAAAUACGGCUCUCGCAUCCGAAAAAAGAGCAAGUAUGCCCUAGUUGAUGGCGACCAGCUGGAGAAGGUGGAUGAGGAGGCGGAUCCUACAGACUAUGGUGUCAAUCCUGACGAGACCCAGCACGCUGGGGAACUGUCUAGGGCUACGGCUAGCAAUUGA